CGACUGUCAGUUCAGUGUUCUGUCAGCCAACUUUGUGUACAUUAGAAUUAUACGGAUCUAAUUCAAGAUCAAAUUUUGAUUAGGUCUGAAUUCAGUUGAAAAAGUUUUUCAACAUUGUGAGAAUCUUUGCUUACAUGAUAGCUAAAUUUAUAAACGUUAAAUGAAUUGAAUACUUUAUACUAAAAAAAUAAGAAAAAUGAAUCAAAAUGAAGAAAGUAAUAAUGCUUCAGCAUCUGCGAACUUGGGCAGUUACUUCAACAAUAGUACCAGAUCAAUUUUCGACGAAAUUGUUUCAUCGUCUCCAGUAGACUUGUUCGCUCAAACUGUCAAUACCAAACCAACUGCACAUCCUUCUCGAAAUAUUUUUGAAUCCGAUUCUACGUAUGAUGAAUUGAGUGAUCAACCUAUAAUCAGUGAUUGCCACAGAGAUGCAUGGAUACCUUCCACUAGCACGUCGAAAUUAUUGCGUUCGGUUGCUACUUCGCCAGGCAUAACUCAAAAUGUCGAUAAAGAAAAUUUAACAAUGCCAGGGCUUGCGAUUGCGGAAGAUAUGACCAACCCUUUGAAAGAUGCAGUUGUCUAUUUCUUGGGUGAGGAAGAAGCCGCAAAAGGAAAUGCUGCAACAAUGCUAGAUGUGCCACAGGAUGAGAAAGGUCUAAGAAUUUUAAUCAAAGGAGGCUGUUAUCGAGCUGCUGUCAAUUUAACAGGACGUCUGUUAUCUCUGUAUGGACAAGGUUUUGGUAAAGCCAAUCAGCCAAGCAAACACACACCUUACUCUUUACAGCUAUGGUUCACUAGAUUAUGUUUGCUUGUAAAAAUUCGUCAAGCUGAUGUAUUAGAAAGUGAAUCGGUACUUUUUGGAACUUUAGAUAAACCUGACAUGUACUUUAUGUUUUAUCCAGAACUUUACGGAACUAGAACUGGAUCAAUGGCAUCAUUUGCUUUUAGAUUACUUUUAGCAGAAGUACCAUUUCAUUAUGGAAAAGGCAAAAAAGCUAUUGAUAAUUUAUUUGCUUUAUUAGCUAUUGUAAAAAAAAUCAUCAAAAAUUUAGAGUCAGAUUUAUCAGAAGAAGGCAAUCCCGUUCGAUAUACUGCUGCAGAAAAGAAUGAUUCUCUCAACUUAUGGAAAGCCAGACAAGCGAGAGUUAUAAUUUCUAUUACAAAUUGUAGUUUACACAUGAAAAAUUAUAUUUUAGCUAAUGAACUAAUGGAAUUACUGUUGAAUGGCAAUUGGAGAAAAGAUCAAGCUGAAAUUCUCAAAGCUGCUCAGGGAAGAAUGCAUUUAGCAUUGGGAGAUGUACCAGCUGCUGAAAAAAAUAUCCCUGUUUCUCAGACUGAAAACUCCCAAGCUGAAAAAAUUAGAGAUCAGGUUGACAGAGGUCUUAUGGCUGUGGCUCAAAACUCAUUCCUAGAAGCACUCAAGUGUUUUGAGAAAGCAUCAGAGUUGGAUCCAUCAAAUAUAAUGCUAAAAAAUAACAUUUCUGUGUGUUUGUUGUACACAGGACAAUUGGAAGCCGCAGUUAAGUUAAUGGAAAAUGUGGUAACAUUGAAAGUCCCUCAAAGUCUACAAGAAGUUAUUUUACUCAAUUUGUGCACUUUAUAUGAGCUGCAUACUACUCACAGUAAGCAGUCAAAAUUACAUUUAUUAAGGCAGAUUAAUAAAUAUAAUGGUGAUUCUACUAAUAUACAGUGUUUGAAGCUUUCAAUAUAAGUACCAAAAAAGAUACGAUCAAAUUAUGUACAUAAUUCUCCUGAACAAAAAAUGAAAUUUAUUGAAUUGAAUUUUUUAAUAAAAUUAUUUUGUUUCUUGUUA